AUGGGCGGCUGGUCUCGUAGUGCGGUGCUGGAGCUGUACCGAGCACUGCUCCGUGCAGGGCGCCACCUUCAGUACACAGACCGCAACUACUACCGGCGCGCCGUGGCCGGCGAGUUCCGCCGCUGCCAGGCCCUGACCGUGUCUCGCGACAAGGAGGCCGCACUGAAGAGGGGCCAGUUCUUCCUCAGCAGUAGACUGGGGGGGUUGAUGUAG